GUGGGGGGGGGAGGCGUUUAUUGCUUUGGGCUCUAUUGGAGCCCUCUCACGGGCGCGCACUGCCACCUAGUGGGGCUGCGGCGUUUCAGCCUCGGGCAUCCCCUGGAGCUCAGGUGGAGCCGCCCCCGGAGGGGUCACAGAGGGAGACACAGCUUUGCUGAGAAGCUCUAGUGCUUUUCGCUUUGUGUGUUUUGUUUUGUUCCUGUUCCCACCCCCCUCUUCCCCCCUCCCCCCCACCUCCAUUUCUUCUGGUUUCUCUUUUUUGGGGCCGAAAUCACAGAGACUCACUUGCGGAGGGGGAAAUCCCUGCGGAGCUUCCAUCAAUCACUGCGAUACUCUGACAGCUGCUGGGAAACACGUGUAGUGUGCAACGGGGGCUCCUUUGCGCUUUUAGGACUUCUGGAACGUUCAUUUCCUUAUGGUAAAUCAUUCUCCAGGCCAUGAAAGCCCUGUGAGGAUGCACCGAUUUCCCCCCAGCCCCCCAUCCCGCUGUGGUUAAGAGGAAGGAAUGGGUAUCACUGGGCUGAGUGCUGCAACAGCAAAAAAGGAAGAGUCUUCUGAGCACUCCAACCCUCCUGCAGGCGUUCUGGAAAUCUUUGCCGUCUCUCAGGGGAUCGUAGGAAUCCGAGGAGUUUUCAGCAACAAAUUUCUAGCUAUGUCAAAGAAAGGAAAACUCCACGCAAGUGCACGCUUCACUGCUGAGUGCCAGUUCCGUGAGCGCUUCCAGGAGAAUAGCUACAACACUUAUGCCUCAGCUGUGCACCGUGGGCAGCGCUCUGGCCGCCAGUGGUACGUGGCUCUCAACAAGCGGGGCAAGGCCAAGAGGGGCUGCAGCCCUCGUGCCCGCCCCCAGCACGUCUCCACACAUUUCCUGCCCCGCUUCCGACAGCCCCCUCCAUCCCAGCUGGCUUUCACUGUUGCUCGCCCUGAGAAGAAGCCACCCCCACCCCCACCGCCACCCAAGAAGAUGACCACGUCAAGGCACAGCCCCGGACCAGGCCGCUACCGGCUAAAGUUCCGCUUUGGAUAGUGGCUCCUCAGGACACUGCAGGGCUGCUGGGUAGGGUGACGCUGGAAUGGACGUGGGAAGGACGUCUGUUGGCAGAGAUGGGACCCACAGUUCAGCUACUGAUGGUAUUUUGCUGUGGAACCUCUCCACAGGACCGUGACACCUUCUCCCUCCUGCCAGGGGCUGGCUGAGCAUUGAGUUGUCAAAAUGCCAUCGUGACAGUCCUCUUCUCUGGGCCAAACAACCACGGGACCUCAGCGCUCCUCACAUGUCUUCCACAUGUAUAUGUAUAUAUGAGCAACAAGAUGUAGGACACACUAGAAGUUCACCAAAAAUCUGGACUGUCUGAGGUCAUACAGCUUCUUCCAAGGUUUCCCAGAUGAGUCCCAUUGAACCAUCUCUCAUUGCAUCCUGAGUUCGCUGUGCUAACAGAACUCUGGGCUGCUGCUGGGUGGACAUCUUAUGAACUCAAUCAGAGAGAUGUGAUAUCUUCUGUUAAUUCUCAACAUUUACAGAUACUGAAUUCAGAUUGCAGCCUUCCACAAUGGAGAUGAGACCUGCAGGGCAAAUGCAGCCCAGCACAGCUAUGACAUCCAUGAAGGACUCUGUGCUGUCACUGGCUUUAACUUUACAGCCACAUUAUUUUGAGUGGGAAAGCUACUAUCAGAACUAAUAGGAGCAAAAUAAUGUCUAAAGAAUGAAAAAAAACCCCAUGCCACUGCCUCGAUGAACAUGCAAAGUGGCAUUGAAGUGUUUAUUUCUACCUAGGAGAGGCACUGCUGCUCCAUGUAGGAUGUGACUUUUCACAGCAAGUCCCAUGUGAACAUGGAGCUGUGCAGAGCUUCAUGUUGUGUUGAACACUGACAUCAACUUUAAUGCUUCCAGAAGUCUUCGUAAUCCCUCAGAGUGCUGGGUGAGAGAAAAACAGCACAGCCAGAAGAGAGAUGCAAUGUUUGGAUUGCUUCUGUUUUGGUGUGUUCUUGGUCUGCUCCUGGCACAUGCCUGUCGCUCAGACUCAUGACCAACCUGUGGCAGAGUGUGCUGUAAAAGCUAAGCUUGUCUCCCGGCAUAGGAUGUGCACAAGUCGUGUGUGCCCUGAAAAGCCAGGCUUACUGAUGUUAAGUGACUGUUUCAAUUACUGGCAUUAAGGUAGCACAAUUCACAAGAUUCUACUGGGUGACACCAUUUGGACCAAUUUCACAUGUGCACUGUGCUCUCAGUUUUUUUUCACUGCCCUUUGAUAGCUGUUAGGAAAGCAUUACAAAUAAAUGGGGAAUGGAUCACAAGAAGGAGUUCUGGGUGAUGGAAACACAGCCAUUGGUUUUGGAGGCAUGUCCAGGGAGAAAAUAGACUUGUGUGCUGCAAAACCGAUGACAUAACUUACUUAAGGGGAAAUAAUCAGUAAACUUUUUUGAGUAAAGUGUUAAGUUAAUAUGAGGAUCAAACAAAGUAACACUGACAACAUAACAGUAACUUAAAGUGUAGAACCAUAGAUUCAUUUGAGUUGGGAAGGGAUCCUUAAAGGCCACCUAGUCUUACUCCCCUGCAAUGAACAGGGAGCCUACAGUGGCAUCAGGUGCUCAGAGCCCAUCUAGCCUGACAUUGAGUGUCUCCAGGGAUGGGGCUUCCAUCACCUCUCUGGGCAACUUGUGCCAGUGCCUCACCACCCUCCUUGUAAGUGACAACAUGGGGCUCCUUUGCUCAGUCCAGACAGUUUUCACCAGGCUUUAAGGGGUUUUCUUGGGCACCCAGAGUGAGGUACCACUGGUGAUCAGAUAGUAAUUUGAGAGGCUUUUAUUUGUUGUUGUUUUUAAGCAUGCAAAACAAAAAGCCAACCAA